AUCCACAAAUAUAAAUGAAAAGAGAGAAUCUUUUGUUCUUGAAGAAAAAGAGAGAAGAAGAUGAAGACAUGGGGAAGCAUGAGAUCAAUAUUCAUGCAUGCCGACGGUGUAGAUUGGAUGUUGAUGGGAUUAGGGUUAAUCGGAGCCGUCGGUGAUGGCUUCAUCACUCCUAUUCUUUUUUUCAUCACAGCCAUGCUAUUGAACGACUUCGGUAGUUUCUCUUUCAACGAUGAAACCUUCAUGCAACCCAUUUCCAAGAAUGCUCUAGCCAUGCUUUAUGUGGCUUGUGCAUCUUGGGUGAUAUGUUUCCUUGAAGGAUAUUGUUGGACAAGAACAGGGGAGAGACAAGCAGCAAAAAUGAGAGAAAGGUACUUAAGAGCAGUGUUAAGACAAGAUGUGGGUUACUUUGAUCUUCAUGUCACAAGCACUUCUGAUAUUAUUACCAGUGUCUCUAGUGACAGCCUUGUCAUUCAAGACUUCCUCAGUGAAAAGUUACCAAACAUUUUGAUGAAUGCAUCUGCGUUUGUCGGAAGCUACAUAGUGGGUUUCAUGUUGCUGUGGAGACUCACAAUCGUAGGCUUCCCAUUCAUCAUUCUCCUCUUGAUCCCUGGACUAAUGUACGGACGAGCCCUCAUUGGCAUCUCGAGGAAAAUACGUGAGGAGUACAAUGAAGCUGGUUCUAUCGCCGAACAAGCCAUCUCUUCGGUUAGAACCGUCUAUGCAUUUGUUAGUGAGAAGAAGAUGAUAGAAAAGUUCUCAGAUGCGCUUCAAGGGUCGGUGAAGCUAGGGUUGAGACAAGGGCUAGCUAAAGGAAUUGCUAUUGGGAGCAAUGGUAUAGUUUAUGCUAUAUGGGGGUUCUUGACUUGGUAUGGAAGUCGGAUGGUUAUGAACUAUGGCUACAAAGGUGGUACUGUCUCCACAGUCACAGUUUGCGUCACCUUUGGUGGCACAGCACUUGGUCAAGCAUUGUCGAAUCUUAAAUAUUUCUCCGAGGCGUUUGUGGCAGGGGAACGGAUUCAAAAAAUGAUAAAAAGAGUCCCUGAUAUAGAUUCAGACAACUUGAAUGGUCAUAUUUUGGAGACUAUAAGAGGAGAAGUUGAAUUCAACAACGUGAAGUGCAAGUACCCGUCUAGACCCGAAACCCUAAUCUUUGAUGAUUUAUGUCUGAAAAUUCCAUCAGGGAAAACUGUAGCUCUGGUUGGCGGAAGUGGAUCGGGAAAAUCAACAGUGAUAUCGCUUUUACAAAGGUUCUAUGACCCGAACGAAGGCGAUAUUCUCAUUGAUAGUGUGUCCAUUAAUAAUAUGCAAGUGAAAUGGUUGAGAUCGCAAAUGGGUAUGGUUAGCCAAGAGCCAUCGCUCUUUGCCACAUCGAUAAAGGAGAACAUAUUAUUUGGUAAAGAGGACGCAUCCUUUGAUGAAGUAGUGGAAGCAGCCAAGGCCUCAAAUGCUCAUAAUUUUAUUUCGCAAUUUCCUCAUGGUUACCAAACUCAGGUUGGGGAGAGAGGAGUGCAUAUGUCGGGAGGCCAGAAGCAGAGAAUCGCAAUUGCACGAGCGUUAAUCAAAUCACCGAUAAUUCUUCUCCUAGACGAGGCAACAAGCGCAUUGGAUUUAGAAUCUGAAAGGGUGGUCCAAGAAGCCUUAGACAAUGCAUCAGUUGGUCGUACAACUAUUGUUAUUGCCCACCGUCUCUCUACCAUUCGUAAUGCUGAUAUUAUAUGUGUUCUACAUAAUGGUUGCAUUGUAGAAACUGGAUCGCACGACAAACUCAUGGAGAUAGAUGGUAAAUACACUUCUCUAGUUCGCUUACAACAAAUGAAGAAUGAAGAAUCAUGUGAUAACACUAGCGUAGGUGUGAAAGAGGGCCGAGUCUCGAGUUUAAGAAACGAUUUGGAUUAUAAUCCAAGAGACUUGGCUCAUAGCAUGAGUUCAAGCAUUGUUACGAAUCUUUCUGACUCGAUUCCUCAAGAUAAGAAGCCGCUUGUGCCAUCGUUUAAGAGAUUGAUGGCAAUGAAUAGACCAGAGUGGAAACAUGCAUUAUGUGGUUGCUUAAGUGCAUCCUUAGGUGGGGCCGUACAACCAAUUUACGCAUAUUCGUCCGGGUUAAUGAUAUCGGUAUUUUUCCUAACCAACCAUGAGCAGAUCAAAGAGAAUACAAGAAUUUACGUGUUAUUAUUUUUUGGUCUAGCUCUAUUCACUUUUUUUACUAGUAUCAGUCAACAAUAUAGUUUUUCCUACAUGGGAGAAUACCUGACUAAACGUAUCCGAGAACAGAUGCUCUCGAAGAUACUAACGUUUGAAGUCAAUUGGUUCGAUGAGGAAGAGAACUCAAGUGGUGCAAUUUGCUCCAGACUAGCGAAAGAUGCUAACGUGGUAAGGUCGCUCGUUGGUGAAAGAAUGUCAUUGCUGGUACAAACCAUAUCAACAGUUAUGGUAGCUUGCACAAUUGGUUUGGUCAUCGCUUGGAGAUUCACCAUUGUGAUGAUUUCAGUACAACCAGUAAUUAUUGUCUGCUAUUAUAUUCAACGUGUUCUGCUCAAGAACAUGUCGAAAAAAGCCAUCAUUGCCCAAGAUGAAAGCAGUAAACUAGCUGCAGAGGCUGUCUCCAACAUCCGAACCAUCACAACCUUCUCAUCACAAGAACGGAUCAUGAAAUUACUCGAGAGAGUUCAAGAAGGUCCACGAAGAGAAAGUGCCCGCCAAUCAUGGUUAGCUGGGAUUAUGUUGGGGACUACGCAAAGCCUUAUAACGUGCACCUCAGCUUUGAAUUUUUGGUAUGGUGGUAAAUUAAUCGCUGAUGGGAAGAUGGUAUCAAAAGCAUUCUUUGAGUUAUUUUUGAUCUUUAAGACUACAGGCCGGGCUAUUGCCGAAGCUGGGACAAUGACGACAGAUCUAGCCAAGGGCUCAAAUUCAGUUGACUCAGUAUUCACAGUGUUAGAUCGUCGAACCACCAUUGAGCCGGAGAAUCCGGAUGGGUAUAUCUUAGAAAAAAUAAAGGGCCAAAUCACAUUUCUCAAUGUGGACUUCGCUUACCCAACGCGACCUAAUAUGGUUAUAUUCAACAACUUCUCCAUAGAGAUCCACGAGGGAAAGUCGACAGCGAUCGUAGGUCCAAGUCGGUCGGGUAAGUCAACUGUAAUCGGGUUAAUCGAACGGUUCUAUGACCCGUUACAAGGUAUUGUGAAAAUCGAUGGCCGUGAUAUAAGGUCGUAUCAUCUAAGAUCACUUCGUCAACACAUGUCUUUGGUUAGUCAAGAACCAACAUUAUUCGCGGGGACAAUCCGAGAAAACAUAAUGUAUGGACGAGCAUCUAACAAGAUCGACGAGUCGGAGAUUAUCGAGGCAGGAAAGACGGCAAACGCUCACGAGUUCAUUACAUCACUAUCAGACGGCUAUGAUACGUACUGCGGAGACAGAGGAGUACAAUUGUCUGGUGGUCAAAAACAGAGGAUAGCUAUCGCCCGAACGAUUUUAAAGAAUCCAUCAAUUUUGCUCCUCGAUGAAGCUACAAGCGCUUUGGACAGCCAAUCAGAGCGUGUAGUGCAAGACGCCCUCGAACAUGUGAUGGUAGGGAAAACAAGCGUUGUGAUCGCACAUAGGCUUAGCACGAUCCAGAACUGCGACACGAUUGCUGUUUUAGACAAAGGAAAAGUUGUAGAAAGUGGGACACACGCUUCCUUGUUAGCAAAAGGUCCCACAGGCUCUUAUUUCUCAUUGGUCAGUCUUCAGAGAAAGGUCAGAUAUGUAUAAAUUAUAAAUUCACAUAUGUUUCACAAGCCUAAAACAUGAAGCAUGUU